GUGUGUGUGGAGCAGCAAGCAGAGGCACACCACACACACCACCACCUUACCACUACCACACGCCACUCUUCAACAUUGGCUCGUAAUAUGGCGUUGACUCGCCGAGGGACAAGACGGCGUUAUUGUUGUUGGGACUACUAGAGAAGCGUGAGAGUGAGGUUGUGGGCAGGGGGGGGGGGGGGAGCUUUGGCGUGGGGUGAGAGACUUUCCCCUCCAUAAAACAAAACUACCCGUGCAGACAAUAGCAGACUGACCACCCGUGGACAAAAAGAAAAUGCAUCGCAUGUGGCUGUGACGGUCGAGCCUGGCUUGUGGACACGGACGAGGACACCCACGCUACCCCACUGGUGGACCCCCCUCCUCACCAAAAGGCUGUACAUGGCGGUGGAGAGCACCCCUUGGCUCAUCUGUGUGCUUUUGCUCUUUUGCGCUCCAUCCAAGCAAGAUAAGCCUGUUUCGGUGGAGCUGAGCUGCGGAGCCGGACCCAGCCAUGUGGUGUUGGAGCCGGGGUCCCCUCUCACACUGGACUGUAAUCUGGGGGCCAGCGACACGCCCCUCAACAUCACCUGGCUGCACGAGGGCCAGCCCCUCCCUCCAGAGGGUAGCGACUCGCGGCGGUAUGUCAGCGACAGCUCCCUUCUCCUGCUGCUUUCCUCCGAGGAUGGAGCGUCCCCUCAGGCUCUGGAGGGAGGCUACAGCUGUGUGAGCACCAGUGCACAUGGAGCCUUGACCAGCCGGACCGUCAAUGUGCUGCUGGCGAGUCUGUCCUCCUUCCGUCAGGAACCUUCACUUCAGACGGUGCCUGCUGGGGGGGCUGCUCGCUUUGAGUGCCAGAUCGAUGGGGUGCCCACACCUGUAAUUACUUGGGAAAAGGACAAAGUCACUGUCCCCCAGGACCCAAGCAGGUUCAUUUCCCUUCCUAAUGGUGUGCUCCAGAUUCUGGAGGUUACCAGGGAGGAUGAGGGCGCCUACCGCUGCGUUGCAUCCAACUCUGCCGGGAGGGCCGUCAGUCACGCGUCCCGGCUCACUGUCAGCACAGGCUCCGCAGAAGCCCUGAACAGAGUUACGAUCGUGGCUCCGCCUCAGAACGCAACGGUGGUGCUCGGCCGUCCAGCCGUGAUGGAGUGCAUGGCGCAGGGCCAACCCAAGCCGCUGGUGUCCUGGAGCAGACUAGACGGGAAGCCCAUUUCCACAGACGUGAUUGUCCUCGCGACUAACUUGGUGAUCAGAGACACGAGGAGCCACCAUGGGGGAAUCUACGUGUGCAGGGCCAACAAGCCUCGCACCAGGGAGUUUGUUACCGCUGCUGCUGUACUGCAUGUGCCUGCCCCUCCAGUCAUUCUUCAGCCACCGGAGACGGUGUCUCUCUCCCGGGGAAACACAGCCAGGUUUGUGUGCAACAGCUCUGGAGAGCCCACCCCGGUGUUGCGCUGGUUGAAGAACGGCAAGCCAAUCCGCUCCCUGCGUCGUGCCAAGAUCCAAAACCCCGGCGUCCUGCUCAUCAAUCAGCUGGGACUGGAGGACGCCGGCUACUACCAAUGCAUCGCCGACAACGGCCUGGGCACCGCCUGCGCCACCGCCAAACUCACUGUUAUUGUGAGGGAGGGCCUCCCCAGCCCACCUCGACGCCUCUCGGUAACCCCUUACUCCAGCACCACUGCCCUGCUUACGUGGGAGAAACCAGAGUACAACUCGGACCAAAUCAUCGGCUACUCUGUGCACUGCCAGCAAGUUGCAGGUUCAGACAACGUGGAGUACCAGUUUGCGAUGAACAACGACACCACGGAAUAUCUCGUCAGGGAUCUUCUCCCCCACACAGCGUACUCCUUCUUCGUGGUGGCCUACUCCCCCAUGGGAGCAAGUCGCCCGUCCCUGCCCGUUACUGUUGACAUGCUCGAGGACGUGCCGAGCGCGCCCCCUCAGCUGUCAAUUGCCAGCACAUCGCCGACGGACAUUAGGUUGAUGUGGCAUCCGUUGUCCUCGCAGUAUAGUCGAGGGGCUGUCACCAGCUACCGUAUCGAGUAUAGCUCUCUUGAUAAUGCGGACACCGUCUUCUCGGUGGAGGUGGGCGGUAAUGAGACCCAGUUCACGCUCAGGGAGUUGCAGCCCAACCAGGCGUACAGAUUGAGAAUAGCAGCUGGAACAGGUGUCGGCUUCGGGGUCCCGUCCGAGUGGGCUCAGCACCAGACGUUGGCCCACUACAACCACACUAGCCACCGCAUGGUGAUGUUCGCUCCUACUGAACUGAAAGUGCGAGCGCAAGCUAGCAAGCUCAACGUCACGUGGCAGCCCUCGCCCAAUCACACGGCUGUGUCCGGCUACAAGCUAACCUGCCGAGAGGUGGACGCCGACGGGGAGAAGACGACCCAGACACACGUGGUCAGGCUUCGUAAAAAGGCCAGAUACCAUCUCCUCACCGGACUGGUUCCAGACCAGCAAUAUGAAGUGAGAGUCUGGGCGUUCAACAAGCAAGCAGAUGGCUCCGCUGCAGUGUGGAAAGGAAGGACCGAAAAGCCUGAUAAAGCAUCCUCGCUACCCAUGCGGCCGCCCCCUUUACCACCGAUCAGCAUUCAGGCAGCGGCCAACAGCUCCACGUCGAUCCGACUCCGCUGGGAGAAACCUCGCUUCAGCACGGUGCGAAUUAUCAACUACACGGUGCGCUGCAGCCCGGCCGGAACCACCAACGCCUCGCUGGUCACGUAUCACACCAGUGCUGCUCAAGAGAUUCUGAUUGGGGCGCUGAAGCCUUUCACCCGCUAUGAGCUGGCCGUGCAAUCCAACGGCAUCGAUGCCGUGGGACCCUUCAGCGGCACCGUGGAAGAGUCCACCUUCACUGACAGGCCUUCCUCGCCGCCGCAGGAGCUGCGCCUGAGCACCAUCGACCCGUCCUCAGUGCUGGCGAGCUGGCGGCCUCCGCUGGAGCCGAACGGUGUCAUCAUAGGCUACAGGAUCCUGUUCAGCAGCAACCUGAGCCAACCUGAGCAUAUGUGGAAGAACCUUUCUCAGGAUGGCAGCAUCACCAGUCUUGCGGUGCGGGGGUUAUCCAGUGGCACCCAUUACUUUUUCAAGUUGGGAGCAUCCACAGAGGUUGGAGCCGGCCCUUAUUCUCUUGUAAAGGACACUCACACACCUCCUGACCAAUACGAGCUGGACAUCCAUGCAGUGACAGGCAUCAUCGUUGGAGUGUGUCUGGGACUCAUAUGCAUCCUUCUCUGCAUGUGUUUCAGUUUCCGCAACACAAAGACCAGUGGGGGAUCUGGUGGCCUGGACUCCACAGCUGUGACCCCCCAAUACAGGAGAGGGGGCUACCCAAGUCCCAGCCGCCCACCAGAGUGCGGCGAUUGCCACGAGCUGGAGUCACUAAUGCCUUCCACCGGCCAAGAGUCCGGUCAGUCGUUGGCAGAAGCCCCCGAGGAGCAGAGCCUGAUGGCUGUUUGGAACGGCUCCAUCAGUCACAACUGGGCCAAUAGAAUUACCCGAUACAGAGAUACCGUCACAGAAGACUCACCGGGAUUCAUCGUUGGAGAGCCCGAUGUGACAAACAAUGCGGAUUGUCUGAGUGCAUCCCCGUCCAAUAACCAGGUGGAGGCCGAGGUCAUCGUCCACUCGGAGAUCUCCGACCCGCUCGGCGGGAAGGUCAAGGCGGACUGCCAGCGGGUCAAGGACUGCAAAGUCACCCGGGGCCCUUCGUUAGAACAGACCGAGGAGAACCUUCCCGGUAAACAGUCGGCAGCAAAGCAGAGCCAGCAAAGUCUUCCCUCGACAAGUUCGGCAGCCGAGGAACCGGAGGCGGUUCUCGCCGGCCCGAAGCGUGACUCGGCACUGACCAACGGCUUCCACUCGCCGAAGUCGCCGCGGCCCUUGCCCAAAUCUGGGGAAAACGGGGACGUUCGAUGCUGCCCUUCAGCACAAGCAAAGACCAAGUCUUCUAGUCUCACCCCGGUUCCUUUCGUCACUUCAGGCCUGGUCCACCCUACCUCAGUAGCACACGGUUACUUGUGCCCGUAGUCUCCACACGCCAAACGGAGACAUUCUUAACAGGGACGAUUGUGACUACGAGACUCAUUGUCAGAAUUUCUUUUGUACUUUGAAGCCACACUUUCAUACAUAUGUAAGUACAUGAUAGUCUAUUUUUAGAGGUCGAGUGCUUGUUGUCGGGGUAUGCAUUGUAACCAUACAUUCCUCUGAGCUGCGGAAGCAAAAAAAAAAAGAAAAAUUGCGGACCUCUCGAUGACGGGAACCAAAACGGUAGGCGCCGGUCCAGUGGGUCUCACUGAGGGUCCAAAAACAAUUUUCAGAAUGUCCAGCACCGUGUCUCCUCCUGGCCUCAUGCUGUCUCAGGGUCACAUACAACUGGAAUGUGUGCCGUCGUAUCUCAGCGAUUCAAACCACACACGUUUUGAAGUGUGGCGUUUCGUAUUGCCGUAUCCUCAAUGCACAACACUUGACUGCAAAUGAGCCAUUGAGAGCGAGAUUGGGCUCAUUCCAUUCUGAGUUCUAUUGGCUUUAUUUUCAUGAUAAGUUGUUAAGUAAAUGUUUCGUGUUAAGUAAAUAAAAAAUGAGCUGCGUGUGAUAACCCUGCUGGCGACUUAAAUCUUUCCCCACUCCUGAUGAUUUGAAAUUGAAAUUAAAUCUGGAUUUAGACAAAUAUUCUUCUGGAAAAUAUAUUUUUUCCCUAUUAAUUUCUUCACUUCAACUUCAAAAUGACAAAAAUGGAGUUUGCCCAUUUUAGUUCUUAGUGGCUCAAAUGCAAACCAGUAAAAAUGGAGUGUCCAUGACAUCUUAUCCCCACACCCAUACAGACUUUAGUCAAGGUUUAUUUGUUUUUUGUGUUUGCUAUGUUUUGUUUUAUUUUAUUUACAAAGAAGUGUUACGGCCGCACAGCGUAGGGAAAUAGAAAAGUUAACAACUAUAAAGUCAAAAUAUUACAACAGAAAGUAUUGCCAUGUUGCCAAAAGUUUGAACCAGAAUCAAGUAUCAAAACAACAAUAAAUUCAGAUUUAUAAUACGAAAGUUGAAUUGAAGCCAUCCUUUUGUGAGAAUAAUUGUAAUUUUAAGUUAAAGUAAAAAAUGUUGUGAGAAUAGUUGUAAUCUUGACUGCACACAAACCGAAUCCCGCUAUCAAGGGAAUUACAUUUGUUUUAUGAAAUUACUCAAUCUUGUGGUCAUUAUUUUAAUUUGAACAAAUCUUAAUUUGUUACAUAGAACUAUUAUGGGGACAGUUAUGUUUUUUUCAUAGGGGGGGGAGGAGUCAUCUUGCGACAAAUGACAAAUCGGAAUAUGGGAAUGUAUCAUAUUUGAUUCGGAAAAAAAAAAUUGCAAAAUAGACAUCGGUGCAAAAUUCCUCAUGAAUGAACAAUGAAAAUGUAUUCUAUAGAAAGAUUUUUUUAAAAGUGUCAUCUUGCAUCAAUGGUCGAAUUCACAAAUCUAGACACAGCUGUAUUCUAGUGAAAUUACAUCAAAUGAUUUACAACUUGAUGCUGACAUGUUCUAGUUGACUCUUGUCAGAAUUUUCCUCACAUGAAUUUGACUUUUUGUCAUUUUAACAUCAUCUGAAAGUUUUUGUUGUUCUUUUAAUUGUGGCCCGAAUACCUACUCUGUAUUUUUUCAAUUUUUAAUAACUGAUUUUGAGAAGCAUGUAAACAUUGUGGAGCUUGGUUUUAUCAUGAGAUGUUGCUGCCAUCUGCAGGUAAAUAGGUCACAACAACAAAAAAGCAUCCACAUUCUUCAGGGAUCAUUUGGGGGGACUCAAUAGUAAAAUUCAACACACUUAAGUUUUUGAUGGCCAAACAAAAAUUUGAGUUGGAAAAGUAAUGAAGUAAAAAAAAAA